AUGGCGUCUCGCAUGACAACAUUCACUCGCCUCUUCUCCUCUAAUGGCGUCGUAUCAACGAAUCGCGUAACCACGUUUUUGGGUUUGGGUUCGGGGUACAGCUCGUACUCUUCGGCAGUGGCUUCCCUUGAAUCAGAGGCGGAUUCUCGGUUGUUCGGUUUGAAAGAUUACGAAAAUUACAGAAAAACGCUCCAUGGUGGAAUCACUCAUAAAGCACUGUUGGUGGACGCCGUUGGCACCCUCGUUAUCCCUUCUCAGCCCAUGGCUCAGAUUUAUAGGCAGAUUGGGGAGAAAUACGGAGUGGAAUUUAGUGAAGAUGAGAUUCUGAAGAGAUACAGGAGAGCAUAUGAGCAACCAUGGGGCAGAUCUCGACUCAGAUACGUAGAUGAUGGAAGACCUUUCUGGCAACAUAUAGUUAGUUCAUCAACAGGCUGUUCUAACUCUCAAUACUUCGAGGAGCUUUAUAAUUAUUACACCACUGAAAAGGCAUGGCAUCUCUGUGAUCCAAAUGCUGAGAAGGUGUUCAAAGCUCUGAAAAAAGCCGGUGUAAAAUUGGCAAUUGUUUCAAACUUUGACACACGUUUAAGACCUCUUCUACGUGCCCUAAAAUGUGAUCACUGGUUCGAUGCCUUGGCUGUUUCAGCUGAAGUUGCAGCAGAGAAACCAAAUCCUAUGAUAUUUCUAAAAGCAUGUGAGUUAUUAGGGGUAGAACCGGAAGAUGCUGUCCACGUAGGCGAUGACCGUAGAAACGAUAUAUGGGGUGCCCGAGAUGCGGGCUGUGAUGCUUGGCUUUGGGGAAGCGAUGUCCAUUCCUUUAAGGAGAUUGCUGAAAGGAUAGGUGUUGAAGUCUAAAUGAAACCGAAGCUUUUUGGUUUUGAAGAAAUAACGUGGCUGUUGUAAAAUAGGGUUUUUGGUAUCGAAAUAUAAUGAUGUAUCAUAUUGUUCUAUGGGUAUGGUAUAAUUAGUCUAUUGUGUUAUACCAUAUUUUUAAGUCUGUAAGAACAUGAUGCAACUGUUGUAUUCGAUCCUUUUAUUUUAAUAUAUAUUUUCUGUAGUUUUUGAUAUGAGCAUGAGGGAAGUACUACUUGGCAUUGUGUAUGAAACUAAUGAGAUUUAUAAUAAAUACUAUUUUCUAUAAUUUGGUAAAGCAAAUGAAACAUUGACUAAAUUACAUAAAUCGUCCAUGUAGGUUGGGGUAAAUUGCACUACUUGGCGUGACCCUUUUGACCUGUGUUAAUUUGGUCUUGGAGCUGACUUGCAUUAGAUCACAAUUUGAUCCCCUUUGGUAUUAUAAAUUCCAAUCACACCAAAAUGAUGACACUAAAUUAAGUUGACAACAAUCAUGGUGUGCCAUGGUUGGUGUCAAUGUCAAUAGACACACCAUAUUGUACAACAUGUGCAAGUGUAGUAGCGUCUUGGCUCAAAGAACGUGGCAAAUUAUUCCUUGCAAAGUCAUUUAUUUCUACACCAAAAUUUCACAUGUACAUAAUUGUUUCCGAAGAAAAAUACCGAAUUGUUCAAUGAAAUGUAUUGUACAACACACAAGUAUACUUACAUGGCAACACAUUGUACACUAUAGAAACUAAAGAAGCUACUUCUACAUGGUACUCCUGCCUGCCUUGGGUAAGUAGGUAAUAUGAUUUAGAGAAAUAGACAAGACGUAUAUCUGUACAAAGAUUCUUAAUUUUUCCUUUCUAUUGAUCAUCUUCCUUGAAAAUCGUGAGUAUAAAAUCAUGAAAACG